AAGAGUAAAAAAAAAAUUAGUAAUGUAGAUGCUGAAGAUGGUAAAACUUUAUUUUUAAGAAAUCUUUCAUAUGAUUCUGUUGAAGAUGAUUUAGAAGAGUUCUUUGAGAAAUACGGUCCUCUAAGCUACUGUAGAAUAGUUGUUAAUUUGAAAACACAACAUUCUCAAGGAUCUGCUUUUGUUAAAUUCAAGUUCAAAAAAGAUGCAGAAAAAUGUCUGCAAAGUUUUGAAGAAGAUAGUUCAAAAUUUGUAGUUGGUGGUAGAAAAUUGACAGUGAUGAUGGCUCUGACUAAAGAUAAAGCCAGGGUUAUUUGUGAAGAAAAAAAAUUGGGCACAAAGAAGGGUACUCAAAAAAAUUUGCAUCUGAUCAGAUUGUUGCUAGUCAGACCUGGCACUCAAGCUGCCGAAGGUUUGUCUAAGGAAGAUUUAAUGAAACGAAUUGAAGUGGAAGCUAUCACAAGAGAGAAAUUAAAAAACCCAAACAUUUUUGUUUCACCAACUCGACUUUGUGUCAGAAACAUUCCAACUAAUGUUGAUGAAAAACAACUCAAGAGAAUAUUUUUAAAUGCGGCCAAAGAUCCAACAGCAAAAAUAAUUGAAUGUCGAAUCAUGAGAGAUCUCACUCGACCUAAUAUUAAAGGGGUAUUUAAAUCAAAAGGGUUUGGCUUUAUAGAAUUUACAAAACACAAAAAUUCACUUGCUGCUGCUCAAGCUACAAACAACAACCCCGAAAUUUUUGGAAACAACCGGCGUUUAAUUGUAGAGUUUUCACUUGAAAAUAAAUCUGCGUUAGAAACUAAGCAAAAGAGAUUACUUAAUUCUCAAGCCAAAUUAAAG